AUGGUGCAGGAGACGGAGGAUGUGGAACCCAGAGACGGGUCCUUCGAGGUGAGCCACGAGGACGGCACCGUGCUCUUCUCCAAGCUGAGCGAGGGUCGCAUGCCCAGGCUGGAGGAGGUGCUGCAGGCGUUGGAGGAUAAAAUGAAGGCGGAUGGCGUGAACCCCUUCGCCAAUCCCAAGGGUGGAGAACUGAAGACGAUGAUCACUGUCGCGCGUCGUCGUCUCGGCCUUGCGCUCGAGCCCCUCUCCCGCGCGGUGCUGGUGGGGAGGAACGCGUCCACCUUUGUCGCGCGAUCGUCGGCGGCGGUUGCCGAUUCGGCGCUCCUUCGUCGACUCGCUCCUGGAUCCUCCUCUUACCUUCGCGCAGGUCUCGUGCGCUCUCCUCGGGGGUUCGCGGCGUCCCCCGCGUCGGGUCAGGCGGCCGCUGAGGAGACUCACGCGUUCCAGGCGGAGACCCGGAGGCUGCUCGACAUCGUUACCAACUCUCUGUACACCGACAAAGAGGUCUUUGUGAGGGAGCUGGUGUCCAACGCGAGCGACGCGCUUGAGAAGUGCAGGCACGACUUCAUGGCCAAAGGCGAGGAUCCCGGCGAGCUCGCAGUGGCUAUAAAGGUCGACAGCGACAAGGGCACCUUCGUCAUCGAAGACAACGGCCUGGGCAUGAGCAAGGAUGACCUGGCGUCAAACCUGGGAACCAUCGCCAGGUCCGGGUCCAAGGCGUUUGUCGACGAGAUCGCCGGUGACGCCAAAGACGACAAGACCGCCGCCACCAGCACCGCGGCGGCGAACAUAAUCGGCAAGUUCGGCGUCGGUUUCUACUCCGCCUUUAUGGUGUCGGACAAGGUUGACGUGUACUCGUGCGCGGGUGACGGGUCGGCGCACAGGUGGAGCAGCGCGGGCGACGGGUCGUACACCAUCGCGCCGUGCGAGGUGGGAGACGGCGACGGUCAGGCACCCGCGCGCGGGACGAGGAUCGUGCUCCACGUCAAGGAGCAGGACAAGACCCUGGCGGCGGCGGAGUGGGCGGUCGAGUCAGUGCUCAAGAAGUACAGCGCAUUCGUGGGCUUCCCCGUCACGUUGAACGGAAAGAGGACAAACUCCAUCGACGCGCUUUGGACCAAGAGCGCGGGUGAGGUGAGCGACGAGGACGCCGCCGCGUUCUACAGGUUCGUUGGCGGCGCCAUCGACACUCCCGCGUUCAGGCUGCACUUUUCCGCCGACGCGCCGCUCACCAUCCGAUCACUUCUGUUUGCGCCCUCGGAUAACCCCGAGCGAGGGUUCGCGGGGCGGCAGCUCGAGGGCGACCAGAGCGGUCUGAGCCUGUACAGCCGCCGAGUGCUGAUCCAGCAGAACGCGCGAGGGUUGUUUCCCCAGUUCAUGCGCUGGGUGAGGGGCGUGGUCGACUGCGAGGACGUGCCCCUGAACAUAUCGCGCGAGUCCCUCCAGGACAGCGACCUGAUCCGCCGGUUGGGUGACAUCAUCACCAAGAGGAUGCUCAAGUUCCUGGGCGAGCGCGCCAAGAAGGAGCCGGAGAAGUACGUCAAGUGGUACGGCAAGAUGGGCGUGUUCCUCAAGGAGGGUAUCUGCGGCGAUCAGUCCUACAUGUAUAAGGACGCGUUGACCCCGCUGCUGCGCUUUGAGACGAGCUCCGAAGCCGUCAAGUCCGAAGGCGACGACAAGCCGAGGCACGCGCAGAUCUCGUUGGACCAGUACGUGGAGCGCAUGCCGGAGGGUCAGAAGGAUAUCUACUACCUCGUCGCACCCGGCGGCAGGAAGCAGGCUGAGAUAUCGCCCUACCUUGAGCACCUCAAGCGUAAGGGCCACGAGGUUCUGUACCUGUAUGCACACGUGGAUGAGUUCGUGAUGCAGCACAUCAGGUCGCACAAUGGCAAGAAACUGGUGAGCGUGGAGAUGGCAGAGUUCGACGAGGACUCGAAGGAUGCCAAGAAGGACGACGACACGACGGACGACGGCGAAUCGUUGGGCGGUGAGGCUAUGGAGAAGUUGUGCCAGUGGUUCGCCGAGGAGGCGCUGCCCGGUCGGGUCACGGGCGUGAAGGCCAGCAGCAGGCUCGUGGGUUCGCCCGCGCUGCUCACAGGGCACGAGCCCGAGGCCAUGCGCAGGUAUCGCAUGAUGCUCUCCAUGAUGAGCGACGACGCCACCGCCAAGAAGCUGGACGAUCUUCAGAUGUCGGCCGGCUUGGAGCUCAACCCCAAACACGCCAUCGUCAAGGGCAUCCAGGCGGCAUUGGAGAGCGGCGACGAGGAACGUAAGGCGGUGGCCAAGAUGGUGGCGGAGCAAGUGUUCGACAACGCGAGGAUAGCUGCGGGCUGAACACCCUGCUGGAGAAGGUGGUGGUCAAGUGAUAUCUCGAUUCUUUUAUUUGACAUUAUUCCGGGGCCCAACCCCUAAGUAUU